AUGGACAAGAUCAAGGCACUCUUCAAGCGCAAGAAGGAUAAGGGUACUACCAGCACAAAGACCGAUACCAAUGGAACUGCUGCCACUGCGUCAAAACCUACUCCCACAGAUACCGCGGCUGCUCCAUCCACCAGUACUCCGGCUACGGCUCCUGCCGACGCUGCUCCAGCCGAUACUCCUGCUGCCGACAAGCCAGCCGAGCCAGCUCCGGCUGAUGCUCCCGCAGCCGAGCCUGCAAAAUAA